AGUGAGUAGUUUUGUGUGGUGAAGAGUGAACGGUGCGGAGUAAAACUAGCCAAGCAGAAAAAAAAGUGAAGAGAAGCAAUAAAACUGUAUUAUUGAGUGCAGCAGCAGCAGCAACAACGGGAAAAGAUUUUUCUUCCUUUGGAAACCAUCGUCGUCCGAGUGCUGGAAAAUAUCGUCAAAAAGCAGUUCAAACGCUGAUACCAGCCCAGUUCAUCAUUCGACUGCAGCAGCUCGAGUCGAGCUCGAGGAAGGAGAGCACGUGUUGAGAGUGGUGAUCUUCAAUUCUACCCGUUCCCAACUAUAGAGAGUAACCCAGCAGUAUAGUGUUCACAGCAACAGCGGCCCACGAUGGCAACUAGGAAAAAAGUUCUCCUGAAAGUGAUCAUCCUCGGCGACAGCAGCGUCGGCAAGACGUCGCUCAUGAACCAGUAUGUGAACAAGCGCUUCUCGAACCAAUACAAGGCCACGAUCGGAGCUGAUUUCCUGACAAAGGAAGUGGUGAUUGACGAUCGGGUUGUGACGAUGCAGAUUUGGGACACUGCCGGACAGGAACGGUUCCAGUCGCUCGGUGUGGCAUUCUACCGCGGAGCGGAUUGUUGCGUGCUGGUGUACGAUACGACCGCGCCCAAUACUUUUAAAAAUCUGGAAUCUUGGCGGGACGAAUUUCUGAUCCAGGCCAGUCCACGCGAUCCGGACCACUUCCCGUUCGUGGUGCUGGGCAACAAAAUUGAUCUGGAGAAUAGGGCUGUGUCAACGAAACGUGCGCAGCAGUGGUGUCAAGCCAAGAACGAUAUUCCAUACUUCGAAACGUCGGCCAAAGAAGGCAUCAAUGUAGACCUUGCUUUCCAAACGAUUGCCAAAAAUGCGUUAGCCCAGGAGAGUGAGGUCGAACUCUACAACGAAUUCCCCGAUCAGAUCAAGUUGAACGCAGAUCGCAACAACCGGACUCGAAACGGUGACAACUGCUCGUGCUAAUAACCGCCUACCCGCAGCAAGGUAAUAGAUAAAUUUCAAUAAAAACAAACACACACUAACGAGACGGACGUGCUGCAAAAUAACAACAGCAGCAGCAACACGUGUACGUGUGCGUAAGGCAGAGAAAGUUAUUUGUAAACACACUCCACAGCAAAACAAUAAACAACAGAAAUAACAACAGUAUCCAACAGUAGUAGAUGAUAUCGACGUUUAUAAACUAAAUCAAACACAUUAUUCUUGAUUUCAUACGAACAAAAAAAAAACACACACUUGAAAAUUUUGAAAGUCCAAAAUUUAUAACAAACAAAAACUAAUAUAAACCUAAUUCUGACUUGCGCAGAUCUCCCAAGGCUCCGAAUUCUAAUCGCGUCGAAAAAAAAAUGAAAAGAAAGUAAUCUUAUGUUAUACAGUACAUUUUUUUUCUUGGUUCUUUUCACAUUCGUAGGAAAAGAUUAGAAUCCAAUAAGCAAGAAAACACUUUAUCGGAUGAUGAUGUAUAGUAGUUGUUAAGUACAUACUUUUUAAAUAAGCAUCAAAGCAGCAAAUAAUAUAGACUCUUGAAAUUGAUUCCGCUUUCGCUGAGUUUCUUUUACUCCGCUGUCCACCACCUGAUUGGUUGAUGUCCCCCUGGUUAGUAGAGUAGUCGAUUACAAGAUUAGAAACAUUGUUGGUCCCGUAUUAAACCUGAAAAUAAAUUACCCAUAAUUUCGGUUCGAUUUUUCAUCAAUAAGGCAACAACAACAAAAAUCGAUACACGGACUUAACUUUGCCUGCAUCUGAUGCUUAUGAUUAAAUUAUUAAUUAUUGAGAAAUAUUAUUCGCUACCUACAUAGAAACUAGCUAAUAAUUCAAGAAACAGAACAAGAACAAACAUACAGCUGCAGAGAAAUAAACGAUCUAUGUCUUAAACAAACGCUAACAGCAAACAGUAAUAAACAGUGGUGUAAAGUUAAUGUUUUGUGAACUGGAUUAGAUAACAAUUGGACGAGCUUUGCGCUGAAACCAUACAAUUGUAACAAUUUUAACCUUUAAUGCUACCGUAAAUGAGCAGGACAGUUGAUAUCAUUGAAAGUAAUACCUAGGUCAGAAAACAAAAACAAAAAAAAAACAGUAAACAGGAUCACGUGCAAUUGCAAAAAUUAGAAAACAAAACAAAUCGUAGCUAUUAUACACGCUAGUAACAGUUGAUCAUCCAAAAGAAAAUUAAUACAAAAAAAAAUGAAAUGAGUGAAAGGUAGUAGUAUCCUUGUUUUGAUUGUUUUUCAAUACACAAAACAUAGUCGGAAGGAAUAAUUUUAUUACAAAAUACUGAUGGGCAAUUGGAGGAAGAUUACAGACAACUAUUUAAAAUAGAUAUACAUAAUGAAUAUAACAUGAAUAAAGUGAUAUAAAAA